AUGUCUGGAUCUUCUGAAUACGAGUACAUUAUCUGCGGAGGAGGCACUGCAGGAUGCGUUGUAGCUUCUCGACUCAAGCAGGGCAAUCCAAGCCUCUCCGUAGCAAUUCUCGAGCGUGGUCCCGAUGAGAGAAGCCACCCUUUGGUCCUCAAUCCGAUGGGUGCAGCGCAGCUGAAAGACGUGGGGUUGGACUCGGUCUAUCCCACCGUCAAGCAAAAGCAUCUCAACGAUCGUACACUUGAGCUUCACGCUGGCAAUAUUCUUUCUGGAUCCAGUGCUGUGAAUUAUGGGCUUUGGAUGCGAGGUCAAUCGAAAGACUACGAUCACUGGGCGGAGCUUACUGGAGAUCAGCGAUGGAGCUAUGAGGGUUUGCUGCCCUUCUUCAAGCGUUCUGAGACUCACUGGGAUCCCGAGGGAGACCGAAGUCAGCAUGGGUUCGAUGGACCGAUCAAGACCUCAGCUGGGAGAGCGUUUCCACUUCGCAAGGCUGUUCAUGGUGGACUGGUGGAGAUCGGACUCAAAGAUAAUCCUGAUGCGAAUUCAGGCAACCCCCUAGGAAUCAGUGCUUGGGCUGAGAACUGGUCGCCGACUCGACAGCCUUCUGCUUUGGCCUAUGAUCUGAAAGGAAUCGAGAUUCACACUGGGGCCACGAUCCAGAAGCUUGAGUUCGACACCGCAAAUGGCGAGCCUCGGGCGACGGGCGUACGGUUGGUUGACGGCCGUAUGUUCUCCGCUAAGAAGGAGAUCAUCCUGAGCUGCGGCUCUCAUCGCACGCCACAGGUGUUGAUGCUCAGCGGGAUUGGACCUUCGGAGGAGCUUUCAAAGCUCGGCAUAUCGACACUCGUCGACUCUCCAGGCGUGGGUGAAAAUCUCUUCGACCAUUUGGGGUCCACUCUCGUCUUCAAGCUGGAUGCGAAGAAAGCGGAAGAGGGCCUUGCAGUGGGCGAUGCGAAGUUCAUGGAGAACCCGGUGCACCUCCAAGGCUUGACCGCUGAGUGGAUGGCCAUCGAUAGCUUACCCAAAGACGGGCUGAAGUCGGCGUUGCAGGCCGAUGCUGGAAGUACCAAGAUCUCGGACGACCACGCUCUUCUUGCUGAACGAGCUCAUCACUGGAUAGCGACCAUGUAUAUGCCGUUAUCUCUUGGCGAGGGCUACGACGUGCAAAUCGACGGCCAACACAUUUCCAUCAGCAUUCUAAACUUCCAGCCAACUGCACGAGGAAAUGUGACGCUGCGGUCGAGCGAUCCGAAGGACGAUCCUGUUGUUGAUCCGAGAUACAACUCAACCCAUCAUGAUCGCUAUGUACUCCGGGCUGGAAUCAGAAAAGCGCUGAGAUACGCCGAGACGGCGGCGCUCAAACCUUUCCUCGUUGGUGAUGUCCCGCCAGUUGGAAAGCAGCCCUUGACAUCGAGAUCCAGCGAUGAUGAGAUCGAUACUAGGGUAAGGGAGAGCACAAUGACCAUCCAUCAUCCGGCUGGAACAGCAGCCAUGGGCAAGGUGGUCGACUCCAAGUUGAAAGUCAAGGGUGUUACAGGGCUCCGGGUCUGCGAUGCGAGCGUAUUUCCAGUGCCAGUCUCGGCAACAACCCAGGCUACCGUCUAUGCUGUCGCAGAGAGCUUUGCCGACCUGAUCCUGAAGGGAGAUUGA